AUGCGCGCCCCGCCGCUGCUGCUGCUGCUGGCCGCCUGCGCGCCUCCGCCCUCCGCCGCCGCCGUCCCGACGCCGCCGGGCUGGGAGCCGGCGGCCGACGCGCCCUGGUGCCCCUACAAGGUGCUGCCCGAGGGCCCCGAGGCGGGCGGCGGGCGCCUGUGCUUCCGCAGCCCCGCGCGCGGCUUCCGCUGCCAGGCGCCCGGCUGCGCGGCGCACGCCUCGGCCGGCCGCUCGCUGCGCGCCAGCGUCCUGCGCAACCGCACGGUGCUGCUGCAGUGGCGCCUGGCGCCAGCCGAGGCGCGCCGCGUGCGCGCCUUCGCGCUCAACUGCUCGUGGCGCGGCGCCUACACGCGCUUCCCGUGCGAGCGCGUGCUCCUGGGCGCGUCCUGCCGCGACUACCUGCUGCCCGACGUGCACGACGGCGUGCGCUACCGCCUGUGCCUGCAGCCGCUGCCGCUGCGCGCCGAGCCCGCCGCCGCCGCCCCGGAGCCCGCCGGGCCCGCCGAGUGCGUGGAGUUCGCUGCCGAGCCGGCCGGCAUGCGGGAGAUCGUGGUGGCCAUGACGGCGGUGGGCGGCUCCAUCUGCGUCAUGCUGGUGGUCAUCUGCCUGCUCGUGGCCUACAUCACCGAGAACCUCAUGCACCCGGCUUUCGGGCGCCCUGGCCUGCGCAGGCAGCCCUGAAGCACCAGGCGAGCGGCCCACCGGCGCUCCGCCUGCCCGAGAUUGGCGCCCGCUCCCCACUCGUCGCUCCUGCUCCCUCCUUAGGAUGUCCACGCAGGGCCUGCUGGAGACCGGUAGGGCCCCAGCCCGCCAGGGCCUUGGAGUCAUUGCACGACCUUCCUAGCCCGGCAUCCGCCUCCCACACUCCAGGUCGGGACUGACCCUUGGGCCCGCGAGGGGGUGCCAGCCUCGACCAGGGCUCUCCCUGCUUUCCAGAGGCCUUUACUGGGGCCGCCGGGACUUACUGCCCCUUCUAGCAAGAGCCAUUGGCAUCCCCGGGUCAUCACGCUGUACCUGUAGCCUGUGCCAGGUUGGAAAAAACAGGCUGUCGUCAUUGCUUGGUCACUGUGUGCUUUGCCGACUGGAGGAGGCCCCUUGGAGCCUGUCCUCUCCCCACCUCACCCCAGUGGGCUUAGAUUAGCGUCGUGCCUUAGUGUCUUGGGGCCCCCGCGGGAGCCAACCACUGGUCCUGUGCUGUCGAGGGGGCCUGUGGCCCUGGCACUGGCUGGCUUGUGUUCUAUCCAGCCAGAGCCCCCUGGGAAACCCCCCUGCAAGCUUUGCAGGAGCCUCAAUUGUGGGUAAGCAGCAUCUCGGGCUGUUUCCCUCCUUGGGCGUCUGACAUGCUGUGAACCAAGAUGGGCCGGGCCUCUGGUGGGCGUGUCCAGGGGCAGUGCCCUCUGACCUUGGGGGAGGCUGGCAGUUCUCCAGGGCUGCCUCUCUUUCUUUUGUGGGUGCUGCUUCUGAUGAGGGCUUUCCGUGGCGAGUGGGGGCAAGUGGCUGGGAGGAGAGGGCUCCUCUCAGAUGACAGCGUGUGUCCGGAGAGCAGAAGAAUUGAGGCCAGCCUGGCCUGGCACAGCUUGUCACUGCGGUCUGGAUCCCAAGCCUCCACCACGGCGUGACGGACGGCACCACCCCCCGCUUGCUCACGCUGGCGGCCAAGAGCCCAGGAUCUGGCUGGUGACGCUGGUACCCACCGCACUGAAGGCCGGCCUCGUCCCUUCCUGGGAAGACCCGAGCCAAGGUUGCUUCCUGAGCCGGGCACCUGGCCUCACCAGGAGGGGUCAGGCGCACUCGGCUCUCUGCGAGUCCCCGACUAUGACCAUCCUAGACCUGGCACUUCUGGAGUCACUGUGGCUAACCCCCGCCCACGCCCACCCCCACCCCGGCGGCCA